AACAGCCCAACCUUGGCAGGAGAAAGGAAAACAAACCACCCAAAUCCCGGCAACGCCGCCGCAAAUCCCUGCCGGGGCAAGGUGCGCGUCGGGGUGGACCUUGGCCACCAACGCCACCAGCGUGUGACCAUGCCGGGGCUGGGGAUCCUGACGGCGGCGGUGGUCGGACUGGUCUUACUGGUGGUGCUGGGCCGGCUGGCUCCUUUCUUCUGGGCCGAUUUGGUGGCUUUCGGUGGUUUGGUGGGCUCUUCCAUCCGUUGCCGGCGGCGCCUCAACCGCUCUCCCCCCGUCACCCUCCUCGAUGUCUUCCAGGAGAACGUCCGGCGCCGGCCCCGGUGGCCCCUCAUCCUCUUCCAAGAUGAGGUCUACACCUACCGGGACGUGGACCUGAGGAGCAACCGAACCGCCCGGCUCCUCGCCCGUCGCCUGGGGGGGUUGGGCCCGGGCCGGACGGUGGCCGUGUUCCUCCCCAACCAUCCCACCUACGUCUGGACCUGGUUGGCCUUGGCCAAGUUGGGUUGUCCCAUGGCGUGUCUCAACUGCAACGUGCGGGGGAGGGCGCUCCAACACGCCUUGGCCGCCGCCGGGGCCACCGUCCUCCUGGCCAGCCCCGAUCUCCAGGCGGCCGUGGAGGAGGUGCUGCCGGACCUGCAGCGCGAUGGCACCCGUGUCUUCUACCUCAGCUCCACGUCACCCACGCCGGGCGUGGAGGCCCUGCUGCCCGCCAUGGAGGAGGUCUCUGAUGAGCCCCUGCCCGCCCACCACCGCGCCGGCGUCACCGCCAACUCCAAGGCGCUCUACAUCUACACCUCCGGCACCACCGGGCUGCCCAAGGCAGCGGUGAUCACAGAGAUGAAGCUGAUGAUGGUGGCCAACCUGGGGCGGCUUUGUGGCCUGCGGCCCGAUGACGUCGUCUACACCACGCUCCCACUCUACCACUCGGCCGGGCUCCUCAUCGGGGUGGGAGGGUGCUUCGAGGUUGGAGCCACCUGUGCCCUACGGGCCAAGUUCUCCGCCUCCCAGUUCUGGGACGACUGUCGCCGCUACAACGUCACCGUCAUCCAGUACGUGGGUGAGCUCAUGCGCUACCUCUGCAACACGCCCAAGCGCCCCAACGACCGGGACCACGGGGUGCGCAUGGCCUUGGGCAACGGCCUGCGGGCGGAGGUGUGGAAGGACUUUCUCCAGCGCUUCGGGCCCAUCUCCAUCUGGGAGUUCUACGGGGCCACCGAGGGCAACGCCGGGUUCAUCAACUACACCGGCAAGAUCGGGGCCGUGGGCAGAGCCAAUGUGUUCCUCAAGACUUUCGCUCCCUUCGAGCUGAUCAAGUACAACGUGGAGGAGGACGAACCCGUCCGUGACAAGCGAGGCCUCUGUAUCCGUGUCGGCCCCGGCGAGACAGGGCUGUUGGUCAUCAAAAUCACCAAGAACACCCCCUUCCAUGGCUACGCGGGCGAUUCCCAGAAGACAGAGAAGAAGGUCUUGAGGGACGUCUUGGUCAAAGGUGAUGCCUUCUUCAACAGCGGUGACCUCCUCAUGAUAGACCACGAAAGAUUCGUGUACUUCCAAGACCGCGUGGGAGACACUUUCCGUUGGAAAGGUGAGAAUGUGGCCACCACGGAGGUGGAGGCCACUCUUGCCAUGGUGAACUUCAUCCAGGAGGUCAACGUCUACGGAGUGGCCGUGCCGGGCUGCGAGGGGCGGUGCGGCAUGGCGGCCAUCCGCCUGAAGCCCGGGGCCACCUUCGAGGGCCAGGACCUCUACGCCUUCACCGCGGACACGCUGCCCGCCUACGCUGCCCCCCGCUUCGUGCGCAUCCAGGAUGCCCUGGAGAUCACGGGGACCUUCAAGCAGUGCAAAGGCAACCUCGUCAAGGAAGGCUUUGACCCCAACGUCAUCAAGGACCCCCUCUUCAUCCGCGACGACAAGAAGAAGUCCUACGUGCCCUUGAGCCCUGACACCUAUGAAGCCAUCAUGGACAUGAAGCUCAACCUGUAGAAGAAGAAGGAGCCACGCUGGGGUCUCCACGCUGGCCCCAGGGUCCUAAUUGCCCCGGGGCGAUCGGCAAUUUGGGGCUAAUCAGGGCGAUUUUCGCUUCCUUCAGGGAUUGCGGGAAGGAUGGUGGAGCACGAGGAGGAGGACGGGCUGAUCCGGGCGCUCGUUAGCUGGCCCUGGCCCCUCCCCGCCACGUCGCCUACGGAAAUUAAAAGCUUAAUUCCAAUUA